UUAGCUGACAUUUCUAUGGGACAGACUUUGGAGAAUGCAAACUUACUUCAGAUGAUAAAAACAACACUGACUGGCACACGUAUCAGGACUUUGGAUGAAACUCAUCUGUCCACGCUUUAUCAAGGCAGUGGAAACAGCGCAUCCCAGGAACCUGCUGAAGUUUCAGCUGAGUUGCCCCUGAGAUCGUCAUCUCAAGAUGCAGAUGAAACAGCUGCUGUAUCAGUGUUAUCUGGAGUAUCUUCUGGUGCAAUACCUACAGUAGGAACUUCAGAAGCAAACGCACUAACAAGAAAACCAUCUCCAGCUUCACCAGUGCCAGCUUCUUCUUUCUUUUCUCUAGGCACUGAAAACACACCUUUGCCAUCUGUGAUGGCUUUAAGCACACCAAUACUGACACUAACAAAAAAUAGCACUUCCACAAAAUUGGCACCAGAUCUGAGCUCAGUAGGAACACAUGCAGAUUUUCCUUUUGCAACAAGAAACACGACUGCAUCACCCAUGGACAUGACAGCUAUGCUCAUAACCCCCAAAAGCAGCACGGUUACAGCUUUCCCACUUGCACCCACAGCACAUGUACCAAGGCAGAUAGAAACAACAGUAACUGACACCCAGAAGUUCCCAAGCUCAGAAAUCACCAAAACAUCAACCUCAUAUCCACUGACAAUGACAGCAGCUUUGACGUCUAUUACAGCAUCAGCGAAAACAACUAGGCUUCCCCCUACUCCAGUGGAAAACACCUCUGCUCCUCCUGAAACCACAGUAGCAGCCGCUUUCGCUAACAUGACAACAGCUCCUCCCCUGGAUUGCCGCCUCUCCAGGAACCUUAUGGUUAAAACAGUUCUGUUUCUGAACACAAGGAGGAUGCUAAUCAGCAACCUGUUCAAGGAGAGUGUGAAAAGAGGACUCAACCAAAUGCUGAGACAAGCUUUCAACCAGAAUGUCAGUGCUCAGGUUGAAAUCCUGGAGCAAUCAAAUAAUGUAACAGUUGGUUACUAUGUUACCCGGGGCAGAUUGGUUUUUAUGCCAGCUGCUGUAAUUGAAAGGCUCCUUGCAUAUGGCAUUAGCAACGCCACAGCAGAUGUCAAGCAGCAUGUCCCACAUCUCCAGUCCGUGGCAGCCCUGGCCUUGCCGUGGAAGCCCCUUCCUGCCUAUCACUACCAGCUGAAAACAGAGCUGCAGUUUGUGAGUCAAACAGAUGAUAUACAGUCAUGCAAGUUUGUUCAGACCAUGGAGCAACGGUUACAGAGAGCAUUUCAGGAUGCUGAAAGAAAGGUCUUAAAUACCAGUAACAACUUAACAGUUCAGAUUUUGAACACCUCCAAUGUCUCCCAAGCUGUCACUCUGUUUUAUGUAGUGAACAAUCAAAGCACAACUCUAAAUGGCACUAUUUCCAGCAACCUGCUUAAUCAGCUGUCAGCUGAGCUGGUGGGUUUCUACCUAACCUACCCGCCUCUCACCAUUGCAGAAUCUUUGGAGUAUCCAAACCUUGAUGUCUCGGAGUCAACUAGAGACUACUGGGUGAUAACAGUUAUUCAAGGGGUUGAUAUUGCGUUACUGGGACUGAACAAUCAGAGCUUUGCAAGACUAAUGGAGCAACGUUUGGCCCCGCUGUUUAUGAUGUCUCAUCAGCAAGGAAGACGAUUCAAACGUGCCACUACUGUGGGCAGCUACACUGUGCAGAUGGUAAAAAUCCAACGUAUUCCAGGACCCAAGGAGCCAGCUGAACUGACAUACUAUACCUUAUACAACGGGAAGCCUUUGCUGGGCACUGCAGCUGCCAAAAUUUUGAGUACUGUUGACUCUCAGCGAAUGGCCUUGACACUGGGUUAUGUUAUUCAAGUUCAAGCUGAUCCUGUGGUGAAGAACCCCCCAAACAACCUGUGGAUCAUUGCAGCAGUGCUGGCUCCCAUUGCUGUGGUUACAGUUAUCAUCAUCAUCAUCACAGCAGUUCUGUGCAGAAAGAACAAGAAUGACUUCAAACCAGACACCGUGAUGAACCUGCCUCAGAGAGCUAAACCAGUACAAGGCUUUGACUAUGCCAAGCAACAUUUAGGUCAGCAAGGAGCUGAAGAUGAGGUUUUACCUGUAACUCAGGAGACUGUCAUACUUCCACUUCCAGUUAGAGAUGCUCCUGCCUCCCAGGAGAGAGAAAUUACUCAGGAUGGGAGCACCAUCAAAACUGCCAAAUCCAAUGAAACAAGGAAAAGCCAGUCCCCAAGUCAGAAUGGCUCCAUCAUCAGCAACGGGUCGGGAAAGCCCAGCUCUGGCCAGAGCUCCCUCCAGAAAGUAAUGGCACCGCAAAAAGUGACAAAAGAUGAAGGAAGGAAACGAAAUGUGCCCAUAAGUGAUGAAGAGGAAGGAGGCAUUCUCUUUGAUAACAUUGCCAAGUCUGCCGUUGACCCCUUCGACACUUCUUCUGGAUCGGUACAGCUGAUAGCUAUCAAACCUGUGGCACUGCCUGCUGUUCAUGCUGCAUCAGAUAGGAGUCAGGAGACUGCCAUCAUUAAUGGAGAGGUGAAUAAGGCUUUGAAGCAGAAGUCUGAUAUAGAACAUUACCGCAACAAACUGCGCUUGAAAGCCAAGAGGAAGGGGUACUAUGAUUUCCCGCAGGUUGAUAACAGCAAAGGGCUGACAGAGAGAAAAAGGAUGUAUGAAAAAAACCAGAAAGAACUUGACCAUAUCUUGGAUCCAGAUGCAGAUGUCUCAUCUCCAUUUGCUGAGCCUAAGAACAGGCAACUGAUGAAGAACUCAGUAUACAGAAGCAGGCAGUCUUUGAACAGUCCUAGCCCAGGAGAGACUGAGAUGGAUCUUCUUGUGACUCGAGAAAGACCUAGACGUGGAAUCCGUAACAGUGGAUAUGACACUGAGCCUGAAAUUAUAGAAGAAACAAAUGUUGACCGUGUCAAUGAGCCUCGGAGUUACACCAGGUCCCGUCAGGCCAAAGGCCACUCGGAGACCUCAACUUUAAGUUCUCAGCCCUCCAUUGAUGAGGUUCGACAGCAGAUGCAUAUGCUCUUGGAAGAGGCUUUCAGCCUGGCCUCUGCAGGCCACGGAGGACAGAGCAGGCAGGAGGCGUACAGCUCAGCACCGCACUUGCCCUACUCGGAGGUUGUGACCAGUGCUCCUGGUACCAUGACCCGAACUAGAGGGGGGGUACAGUGGGUACCCACAUACAGACCAGAAAUGUAUCAGUACAGUUUACCAAGACCAGCUUACAGAUUUUCUCAGCUUCCUGAGAUGGUAAUGGGUUCCCCUCCUCCUCCUGUCCCUCCCAGAACAGGUCCUGUGGCUGUUGCCUCUCUCAGGAGGUCUACAUCAGAUAUUGGCAGCAAGGUGAGAAUACCUGAGUCCAGUGGGGCAGAUCAGGCCCAGCAUCAUGAUCAGGCAUCUUUUGCACCUGGUUCAAGAGUUCCAAUGUCUGUUGGUCCACUUGAUCAAUCAGCUUUUCACUCAGGAAAUACCGUACCAGCAGUGUUUGCCAUACCAGCAGCAAACCGACCUGGCUUCACGGGCUAUUUUAUCCCAACACCACCCACUGCAUACAGAAACCAAGCCUGGAUGCCCUAUGCUGGAGAGAAUGAAUUACCAGGGCAGUGGGCAGACUCAGUGCCACUACCUGGAUACAUCGAGGCUUAUCCACGGCCCCGCUACCAACAUAAUUCUCCUUCACGACUUCCUCGCCAGUACAGCCAGCAGGCAAGCAUGCACCCCAGCCUGGAACAAGCUCCUCUGCCAUCCACUGCAGCUUCUCAGCAGAGCCUGACAGAAAAUGACCCCUCUGAUGCUCCUCUCACCAACAUUUCUACAGCAGCCCUCGUAAAGGCAAUAAGAGAAGAAGUUGCUAAACUGGCUAAAAAACAAACAGAUAUGUUUGAGUUCCAGGUGUAA